CUUCCGUUCAGGUGACGUCUAUUGACAAACUCGAAGGACUAUGGGAUCCCAAUGGCAGCGUACUGUGGCUGCGGUUCGUAAUCCCCAUUACAAUGGUAUUUAUCUUUUAUGAAACUGAAAAGGCUGACAAAAAGUCUAUGGGGGCAUUUAGGAGAUCGAAAGAAGAAUCCUGACUUCAGAUCACAAAGAAGUUUGGUGCGAGGCGAAGAGUACAGCACAAUUUUUGUUGAGAGGCAUUUGUAGUUGCACAGCAGCAGUAGUUAAGCCUUAUUUUUUUAGAAAACUACACCUGUGUGUGUGUGUGAAAAGAGGUAACUACUGGAAGUUGCCAUGGAAGAUGCAUCUCUUCACAGACUGGAAGGUAGUGACCCUGAGAAGCAGGUUGGUGGGCUUAUCAUUAAAAAGAAAAGUGCUUCAGAUGAACAGCAUGUUUUUAAAGUCCCUUUUCCUAAAACAUCCCUGCUUGGUCUGGAUUUGUUGGCUGCCCAGAAGCGGAAAGAACGUGAAAUAAAAGAAGCAGAGUCUGAAGACCGCAAAAAGUCUAAAGUGUCAUCCUAUAAAGAUUGGGAAGAAAGUAAAGAUGAUUCUGGUACUGAUGAAGACAAUAGUGAUCGAGUCAGCAGGGCUGACAAGAAGGAGAGGUGUUAUCGAGCAGCUGGAGUAGAAACACCUUCACAUACUGGAGGUGUAAGUGAAGAAUUUCGAGAAAGACAUCGUCAGAGAGAGAAAGAACGCCGGGAACAUGGGGUCUAUGCCUCUUCCAAAGAGGAAAAAGAGCGAAAGCGAGACCGAGAAAAGGACAGAGACUAUGACAGAAGAAGGGAACGAGAUCAAAGGGACAAAAGCAGGCAUAGCAGCAGGUCACAGAGAAGUGAAAGGGACCGAUCUUCAAGAGAUAGCAAAUCAGAAAGGAGUAGCAGAAGAGAAGAACCUGAUAGUCCUCGAAACAGGCCUAGGGGUCUUCAAGGAGUAAAUGCACAGAUAACACUCCUCUGCCAACACCUUCUUAUAAAUAUAAUGAAUGGGCUGAUGAUAGGCGACAUCUGGGUUCCACCCCUCGUCUUUCUAGAGGAAGAGGAGGAAGAGAUGAUGGUGAAGAUGGUAUCUCAUUUGACAAUGAAGAGGAGAGAGAGCAGUGGGAGGAAGACCAGAGGCAAGCAGACCGUGACUGGUAUAUGAUGGAUGAGGGUUAUGAUGAAUUCCACAAUCCAUUAUCUCAUACUUCAGAGGAAUAUGUGAAGAAACGGGAACAGCAUCUGCAAAAACAGACGCAGAAGCGCAUCUCUGCUCAGAGGAGACAAAUCAAUGAGGACAAUGAACGUUGGGAGACCAACCGAAUGUUGACCAGUGGUGUUGUGCAGCGGUUAGAAGUGGACGAAGACUUUGAAGAAGACAACACAGCAAGAGUUCAUCUUCUAGUUCACAACUUGGUGCCCCCAUUCCUGGAUGGCAGGAUUGUAUUCACCAAACAGCCUGAACCUGUGAUUCCUGUAAAGGAUUCGACUUCGGACAUGGCCAUCAUUGCUCGUAAAGGAAGCCAGCUUGUGCGAAAACACAGGGAACAGAAGGAACGCAAAAAGGCCCAGCACAAACACUGGGAGCUGGCAGGAACCAAACUAGGCGAUAUCAUGGGGUUAAAGAAAGAGGAAGAAGAAAAAGAUAAAGCUGUGGUAGAGGAUGGAAAAGUGGACUACAGAACAGAGCAGAAAUUUGCAGAGCAUGUGAAAGCAAAGACUGAGGCUAGCAGUGAAUUUGCUAAGAAAAAGUCACUGAUGGAACAAAGACAGUACCUGCCAAUUUUUGCUGUCCGUCAGGAGUUGCUUAACAUUAUAAGAGAUAAUAAUGUGGUCAUUGUUGUUGGUGAAACUGGAAGUGGGAAGACAACCCAGCUGACACAGUACCUUCAUGAAGAUGGCUAUACAACUUAUGGGAUGGUAGGAUGCACACAGCCACGUCGUGUAGCUGCCAUGUCAGUGGCAAAGCGUGUCAGUGAGGAAAUGGACGUAAACCUUGGAGAUCAGGUGGGAUACGCUAUCCGGUUUGAGGACUGUACAACUGAGAAAACAAUGAUUAAAUACAUGACUGAUGGUAUAUUACUUCGAGAGUCUUUGAGAGAAGCUGACUUAGACCACUACAGCGCUGUCAUAAUGGACGAGGCUCACGAAAGGUCCCUCAAUACAGAUGUCUUAUUUGGCUUACUAAGAGAUGUGGUCGCACGCCGUGCUGACUUAAAACUGAUUGUGACGUCUGCCACAAUGGAUGCAGAAAAGUUUGCUACAUUCUUUGGAAAUGUUCCCAUUUUUCACAUUCCUGGCCGAACUUUCCCUGUGGAUAUUUUAUUCAGCAAGACUCCUCAAGAAGAUUAUGUAGAGGCAGCAGUGAAACAAGCUUUACAGAUACACCUUUCUGCUGCCCCUGGAGACAUCCUUAUUUUCAUGCCAGGUCAGGAAGACAUUGAGGUGACUCGUGACCAGGUUGUUGAACGUCUGGAAGAACUGGAAAAUGCACCAGCACUUGCAGUUCUACCUAUUUACUCUCAGUUGCCUUCAGAUCUCCAGGCAAAGAUCUUUCAAAAGGCACCUGAUGGAGUGAGGAAAUCUAUUGUAGCCACAAAUAUUGCUGAGACCUCACUGACUGUGGAUGGCAUCAUGUUUGUCAUUGACUCUGGGUACUGCAAGCUGAAGGUUUACAAUCCUCGAAUAGGUAUGGAUGCCCUGCAGAUCUACCCCAUCAGUCAGGCUAAUGCUAAUCAGCGGUCAGGCAGAGCCGGUCGAACUGGGCCAGGACAGUGCUUCAGGUUGUACACUCAAAGUGCCUACAAGAAUGAAAUGCUGACUACCACAGUUCCUGAGAUUCAGAGAACCAAUCUAGCAAACGUGGUACUGCUGUUGAAGUCCCUGGGAGUGCAGGACCUGCUGCAGUUUCAUUUUAUGGACCCACCACCUGAAGAUAACAUGCUGAAUUCUAUGUACCAGUUGUGGAUCUUGGGGGCACUUGACAAUACAGGAGGUCUGACUCCAACUGGCCGGCUUAUGGUUGAGUUCCCCCUGGAUCCUGCUCUGUCAAAGAUGUUGAUUGUGUCAUGUGACAUGGGCUGCAGUGCAGAUGUACUUAUAAUUGUCUCCAUGCUUUCUGUGCCAGCAAUUUUCUACAGACCAAAGGGCAGAGAGGAAGAGAGUGAUCAGAUCCGGGAGAAGUUUGCUGUUCCUGAGAGUGACCAUCUGACUUACCUGAAUGUCUACCUGCAGUGGAAACACAACAACUACUCUACUAUUUGGUGUAAUGAGCAUUUCAUCCAUGCCAAGGCUAUGAGAAAGGUGCGUGAAGUGCGGGCUCAGCUGAAAGACAUUAUGGUCCAGCAGCGAAUGAGCGUAAUGUCUUCUGGAACAGACUGGGAUGUGGUCCGAAAGUGUAUUUGUGCAGCUUACUUUCAUCAGGCAGCAAAACUCAAGGGCAUUGGAGAAUAUGUGAAUAUUAGGACAGGAAUGCCUUGCCACCUUCAUCCAACCAGUUCUUUGUUUGGAAUGGGCUAUACUCCUGACUACAUUGUCUACCAUGAACUUGUCAUGACUAGCAAGGAGUAUAUGCAAUGUGUUACAGCUGUAGAUGGAGAGUGGCUUGCUGAAUUAGGACCUAUGUUUUACAGCAUCAAGCAUGCUGGGAAAACCAGGCAGGAAAAUCGUCGUCGUGCAAAGGAAGAGAUAUCAGCUAUGGAGGAGGAAAUGGCCAUUGCAGAAGAGCAACUCCGUGCAAGGCGAGAAGAACAUGAAAGAAAAAGCACUCUAAACAGUAUAAGGGCCACCAAAAUCUAUACUCCUGGAAGAACAGAACAGGGAACCCCAGCGACACCAAGGAGGACACCUGCCCGAUUUGGGCUCUAAUGAUGCUGAGUGAAUCCCGUAAUACCAUUGGUUAUCCAUUUUAAUUUUCUGGACAACAGCCUUGAUUCAUACCUCCACAAAGUAGUAUUUUUUAAAGAAAACUGUUUAAGACAUUUGGUGGCUGAGGAAGUCUGCCGAAUGUGGAAUGUAUUUUGUUGACUAGUAGUACCCACCCUUCUGGCAGAGUGAGGAUAAACAAGAAUAAAUUGACCUUAAUGUGUGGAGUGCACCCAUCUCAGUCUGGAUACAGCUGUGGGAAUGCAGUUCUUAUCUGAGAAACAGUGCUUAUCUCAUCAUUUCAGGCAACUGUAAAACAGACAAUAUGGUUCUGACUUUUUCACUGGCCAACAAACUGUUCUACAGAUUUUUUUAAAUCGAUUUCUUUAUUUAUUAACUCAUCUACUAACUUAUAUGAACCACUUUUCUCCCCUUAAAAAAUGAACAACUAAGAAAGAAUUCCAGUAUCCUGUCAAGUUCAUUCAAGUUUGUGAGACUGUGCUAUCUACUGUUGUUGCAGGCUUGUAUCUCAUUUGUAUUUCUGGUAUGAGUUGAACGUAGCAGGUUUCAUUUGAAGUCCAUCACUUGCCAUGAAACAUUUAAUGCAAGAAUGUCAUGAUCAUCAGACUGAGUGAGCUCAGAAAAGUGAAGCUGACCUCUUGUGUGUAGUAUUUAUUUGCUGCAAGUCAGUACCAGUGGUUAUACUGACAGAGCAGGAAUUGCAGCACAUUUCAAGAAUGGACAACCAUAGCUGUGGGAAGUCAGACCUCAAAAUAGAUGAAAGAAGAAAGUAAUUUCAUUCGAGAAGUUCUAUGUAAGAAGUCAUUUAUAUUGACGGCCGGCUGCUUGGUUAAAGACAACCUGAUCCCUGGUGCACCAGCAUAACUAGACUUUGAACGUUGAUACGUUAUACUAAGACUUAUCUAGAUGUUUUAGAAGGUGUGAUUUCCUCAACAUUGCUUUCUUUUCUUUUCUAUGGACAGAAGCAGAACUUGCAAGCACUGCAGUUUUGUUUAGGAGGAAUAGAACAAUGACAAAUGGAGGAGCAGACCCCCCCCCCCCACCGAUUCAUUAUAACAUGCCUGAGAUUUUACAGAUGAAAUUAUGCAGAAAAUAACACAAGUUAUUGUUUCAUAUAGCCGGUCUUCCAUGCUGUACUGUUUGAGUUACUGUAACACUAUACGAGCCUGCAGAUCUCUCUUAAAACAGUGAAGAAGAGCUCACAUUUCUAGUAGUGGCCCCUCUGUUUGUACAACCACUGAUGUUAAAGCCACGAGUGAAUUAAGUUGCUGUAUGUAUGUGUGCAUGUUUUCAUAUAUGUAUAUAUAUAUAGUGCACUUUGCCAGUGUAGUCAUCCAGGAAUAUGGUGGGGAAGGGUGUACUUUACAGAUUUUUAUUUUUCUUUUUUAUAUACAGAAAUAUUUUCAUUGUGUAAAUAUCAUUUUGGUGUUUUUUCUGCAAAUCUUAUAUCAAAGCAUAAUAAAAAGAGUUUAAAUGUU